AUGCCUUUUCUCGCGUCUCCGAGAUCAUUCCGCACCGCAAAUCUCGAAUCCUACUCCCACGUCCCGUUCAACCAGCUCAAUGAAACGCUUCUCGCGGCACUAGCCCAAGAUAGCCAGCAUCUUCUCCAAAAUGGAGCGCCAGCACCCCAUGGCUCCCAUCCGCCCCUGCCGCACCUCGCACUCCUCGUCUUCGAGGCCGUCCUGGAGGUUGUCUGUGUCAGCUUGCCGGGAUACAUCGUGGCGCGCCUGGGAAUGUUCGAUGCAAAUGCGCAGAAAUUUGUGGCCAAUUUGAAUGUCAUGCUCUUUACACCGUGUCUUAUUUUCACGAAACUUGCGUCCCAACUGACGGCGGGGAAGCUUGCGGAUUUGGCUAUCAUACCGUUCAUAUUCCUCGCACAGACGAUAGUGUCAUGGCUAAGCGCCAAGCUGGUUUCCCGAAUCUUUCGCUUCAAGAAACGGCCAUCGAAUUUUGUCACCGCCAUGGGAGUAUUCGGCAACUCGAAUUCCCUCCCCAUCUCUCUCGUCAUGUCACUUUCCAGGACGAUCCAGGGGCUUCAUUGGGAUAGAGUGCCUGGAGAUACGGAUGACGAGGUUGCUGCGCGAGGCAUCCUGUAUCUAAUGGUCUUUCAACAAUUGGGACAGCUCCUUCGAUGGAGCUGGGGUUAUCGCGUCCUCCUAGCACCACGAGAGCAGUACUAUCGUGACGAAGAAGAAAGAGCCAACUCGCGCAUUCAAAAUGCCCAGGACAGAUACUCGGACCAUCCGGAAGACGAAAGCGAUCCGACGUUGAUCGGAGAUGCGUCGUCUCACUCUGAGGGAUCGCAUUUCGCAUCAGGUGACCAAACGCCCGUUUCGGAAACGAGCCGCUCCUACGUGAAGCUGCCGCAGAGCAACAGAAUCGAGAUCCCAGAGAACACGGCCCCGUUGCCUCUCGAUCCUCCGCUUCACGACCGGUUCCAAGGCUCCCCUGGGCACCUCGCUUUCUUUCCCAAUGUUGAACCGCUCGAAGACCCCUCGAAACUGGGAGCGGCCAAGAGUCGCCUCCGCACCUGCAAGCAAGCAGUCUCUUCCGCAAUUCAUCGGUUCCACGCCUUCGUGAAGGUACGGACGAGCCGCGCUUUCGCUGCUCUCCCGCUCCCGCUGCAAAAGGCCUGCAAAUGGGCUUCUCACAAAGCCUAUCGUUUCCUCCACGGGGUUUGGGAGUUUAUGAAUCCGCCUCUCUGGGCCAUGCUCGCCGCCAUCAUCGUUGCAUCCAUCCCUUCCCUCCAACGCCUCUUCUUCACAAAGGGCACGUUCGUGCACAACUCCAUCACCAGCGCCAUCACUCAAAGUAGCGGCGUCGCCGUCCCACUGAUCCUCGUCGUCCUCGGCGCAAACCUGGAGCGAAACACCCUCCCCGAAGAAGCGCACCAUGAUCAUGAAGACCCACGCGAAGAACGGAAUCUCAUCAUCGCAUCGGUCCUUGCGAGAAUGUUGUUGCCCGUGCUAAUCAUGGGGCCGGUUCUAGCUCUGACCGCGAAAUACGUGCCCGUGAGCAUAUUGGAUGAUCCGAUAUUCGUGAUUGUCUGCUUUUUGCUCACUGGGGCACCGUCGGCGUUGCAGUUGGCGCAGAUCUGUCAGAUUAACAAUGUGUACAUGGGUGCCAUGGCGAAGUUGUUGUUCCAGAGCUAUGUUGUUUGGAUAUUGCCCUCGACUUUGAUUCUUGUUAUGAGCGCUCUCGAGGUUGUGGAAUGGGCGACGACCAGCUGA